GCUGUGGUGUUAAGCCGACCGAUUGAAAACCGUCGGACAACAACCAAAGGGCAAACUUGUUCAACCCAUUGACAUAUACUGUCUAUGGUUCAACCUGUAUGAUGUUGUAGCUAAAACCAUCGAUUAUUUGUAUUUAAUCACCGACGAUGUGGGUUGCCAGGCGAUUUCUGUCGUCGGUCGCUCAGAGAAGUCAGUAUGCAGGACAGUCUGGCUUAUUCCGUCGCCCUCAGCACGGCUGCCUCCCUGAGCUGGAGCUGCGGUAUCUCCAGUGCACAUGUUGCUGGCGGAGCCGGGUUCCCGUGGCAGGCUUUGAGACCCUGAACGCCACCAUCUCCUCCACGUCUGAGCCCUGCAAAGAGGACAACAGAUCCCUGGAUGCCUGCUACACCUCCGAGCAACGAGACGCCAUCCUCCAGCUGCUCAACACCGCUACGCCGUCGGAGAUGGCAGGCGUCAAGCUCCUGAGAGGCCGCAAGUCGCUCAACAUUGUUGAAUACAGGACUAAAAACGGACCCUUUAAAACUCUGGAGAGUGUGGUGAAUGUACCGCUGCUGAAGCACAAAAGUGCCGUAAUAGUGUUCAAUUCCAUCCUCAACCCGGUUAAGAAAGAGCGGAAAGUGAGGAUUCAGUUGGCAAAGUUUAUCAGGCCAGAGGUUGACAGGUCCUGGUUGGAGGAUGCAACUAGCAUUGUGUCACUAAUAUGUGGAACUAAUAAAAUCGCCUGGGCUCAUGUGGACCGUGGGAUGACAGUACUGGAUUGGCAACAGGUGGAAUGUCCAAAUUUCUUGAGGGGAACAUACAUGGCUUCUGCUUACUUGAAUGAUGUUUCCACUGUUCUGGCACUCCUCCCAUCAGCUGACUUCUACAUAAUAGAGAAAUCGUCCAUCUCCGUACAGAAUACGGCUCUGUUCCCUGUCAUGGCCCACAUGAGGACUGUGGAGGCCAUGCUGUUCGCUCUGCUUGAGCCAAGAAACUCAUCGCCUGAGUCCAACAUUCCUCCAAGAGUUUUGAACAUGAUGCGUACUGCUGUGGGACGUCACUUUGGACUCAUGGUGGGCGAGUCGCGGACCAGUGGAGCACAGACGGUGCGACAGCUGAUGACCGAGUCGGUGACACAGAAGCUUCCCAGGAUAAACUUCCCCCCAGAGCUGCUGGUAAAGUACAGGAAUUCUUUCCAGAUGGGCAGCAGAAGAGGAGGAGAGGAACUAUGUGAUGCUCUGCUUCAGGCUGUUGCUUUUUACGAGCUGCUCAGCGAAUCUUCCAGUUAACCACUACAUGUGGCCGAUCUGAUGCCUGAACCGUGCACUACAUCCACCAAAACAAACCUGAGUGGCAUUCUGCCUUUUACCAAACAUUUACCUCUUGAACAGAUAUGAUGGUGGGUGAUGGUACAUUAAGUAUUUAAUUUUCUUGCUGUUACAUAAAACACUCUUAAUACCGUUUAUUUUUUUUUUUUUGGUGGGGGGUUGCUGAGAGCACGAGGGUUGCUGAGAGCACGAGGGUUGCUGAGAGCACGAGGGUUGCGCAGUGUUAUUGCUGCUAUUGAUCUAGUUCGAUUUGGACACUUGCAUAAAAUAAAUGUUUGCCAUCUUCCUGCUGGCUGAGGUUUUCAACUACUGUUGGUUUGUAAUAUAAAUGUUUUAUGGAUUAUGCAAUAACUCAGUAUUUUUUAUUUUUCUUUCCUUAACAAGAAUGAAAAACACUGCACUGGUCUCAUCCCCACAUCCAUACCUGAGCAAUCAAAGUGUUUUACAUUCUUAAAAAAAUAAUUUACAAAAAUAAAACCAUUUUUAUUUACUUUUCAUGGUAUAAAAAAUGAUUUCUCAUCUCAACAGCAUUAAAUUCAUUUGACAGUAUUCAGGUAAAAUGAUUGCAGUAAAGUAAAUACUGACUGGAGGAAAGUGAGGUAGUAUGAGGUUGUCUAUGAGAAAUCUUCUGCCAGGAGUUGAAUGGUUGACUUUGAGAGGCCCAGAGGUGUGCUGCUGAGGUAGUUCAAACCCCUAAUGUGGGAACAAAUCAUUUGAAGUUUGUCUGCAAAUAUUGAGCGUUCUUGUGAUGUUACAAGCAUUUUAUUCAACAAUGAUACAACUGUAAGACACGCUAAAAUUAAUUGGAUCUAACAGUCCCAUCAGGGUAGUCACACAGCCUAUCCUGAUGUGACUGGGUUUAUCGUAAUGGAGUUAAAACUAUUGUUCUUUCAUUAAAACAGUGCGAUCAUUCUAAA